UUCCAGAAAAAGGUCCAAAAUCUAUACAUAUUGAUAAGGCAGAACGUUCUCCGUUGUUGCGAACCAGUGUUGAUUUAUUGCUUGUCGAGGAUGUCGACCACAAAAUUCAAAAAGUAUGGUUUGAUUUUAAAGAAGCCAUCUGAACAUUUGAAAUCAACUGUUAAACCAGUUGCUGCUGUAUUUGCGAGUGACGACGAUGAUGGGAUUGAGACCACAUCAUCGAGUGAGGUCACUUCAUCGACAGUGCGUGCAAAAAUGCAAGCAAAGCGUGAGCACGAAAAAGCCCUUGCUGAAGAUCCAACAAUUUUUGAUUAUGAUAAUGUAUACGAAGAAUUACAAGCGAAGAAAAAUGAAAAAAUUGCAGAAGUUAAAGCUGCAGACAAGGAACGGAAGUCAAAAUAUGCGGAGCAAAUUUUGGAAGCACACAAAAAGCGUUUACUUGCGCAGCAAAGUCGAGAAGAGCGUAAACAACAAAAAGAACGUGAGGCAGAAGCUGGACAAUUUGAUGAUAAGGAGAAAUUCGUUACGAGUGCAUAUAAAAAACAGCUAGCAGAAAUGGAAAAUUUCCGCUUACAAGAAAAAGUUGACAAUCGGCUUGAUGAGUUGACAGCAGUGGAAAAGCAAAAGAGUGGCCUAUGGAAAGGUGGCUUUUAUAGGACUCUGUUGGAUGAUAUUGUUGGAGAGAGUGGUACAAUUAAAAUAGAAGGAAAGGAUAUAAAGCAGGAGACUAUUAACCCAAUGGAUCUGCAACAGACAGUGAUUGAUCCUGCUGAGCAUGCUAAAAAACUCUCUUUUUUGCGGAAAGACAGCAGUACUGAUGAUAGAUUCCUGGAAUUAUCUACUGAUAAGUCAGUGAAAAAAUCCAUAUGUUCUGAUGAUUCAGAAGAGGAGCCAGAGUUCAAUAAUGCAAUAUCAGUAGACUUGAAGCCUGGUUUAAAUAUUUUGAAGCCGCAAGUGAAAAAACCAACAAAGGCGGAACAAAUUCGACGGCGCUUCACGCCAUCUCCGGAACAUCUGGCAGCAACUAGCAGCAGUGAUGAGGAGUUAUCAAAGGGGCGGGAAAAGCAAAUAGAGAGACAGAAACGUGCUAGAGAACACAACCAUGGAGGAAGACGGCAGGAAAAAAGUUCUGAGUCACAUAAAGAAAAAAGUUCUGCAAGACAUCACAAAAAACUUCAUGAACACCACUCUGUGGAAAAAAGGGAAUACAAGAAGCCUGAAAUCGAAGGAGAAGGAAAUGAUGAACCAAGGAAAAGAACUGUGAAGGAGAAAACUAAAGAAGAAAGGCUGCAAAUAAUCAAAAUGGUAUUAGCUCAUCGGAAUGAUUCGGAAAAAAUUGAAGAAAUUCGACAAAGAUAUCUUGAGCGAAAGAAAGAAAAAAUUGUUCCUUUGCCGUUAUGACUGUUAACCUC